AUGGCGCCUCAUCCCUUGGGUGCGCCCACCGUCCAAGUGCACCAAGACACCCAGCAACCUUUCUCCGGAGCCUCAGACAAUGAAGUUCUCAGCUCCAAAUUCACCCCACCAAGCCCCACUCUCAAGCUGAGGGACUGCUCCGAAGCAGAAGCGGGUGACUGCCGAGGGACCUCGAGGAAGCUCCGCGCACGGCGCGGAGGGCGGAACCGGCCCAAGAGUGAGUUGGCACUGAGCAAGCAACGACGAAGCCGGCGCAAGAAGGCAAAUGACCGCGAGCGCAAUCGUAUGCACAACCUCAACUCCGCGCUGGAUGCGCUGCGCGGUGUGCUACCCACCUUCCCAGAUGACGCCAAACUUACAAAAAUCGAGACGCUACGCUUCGCCCACAACUACAUCUGGGCACUGACUCAGACGCUGCGCAUAGCGGACCACAGCUUCUACGGGCCGGAGACCACUGUUCCCUGUGAGGAGCUGGGCAGCCCGGGAGGUGGCUCCAAUGGCGACUGGGGCUCCCUCUACUCCCCAGUUUCUCAAGCUGGCAGCCUGAGCCCUACUGCCUCGCUGGAAGAGUUCCCUGGCCUGCAGGUGUCCAGCUCCCCCUCCUGUCUGCUUCCGGGCGCCCCGGUGUUCUCAGACUUCUUGUGA